CUGGGGGACUCCUGCCUGCCCGCUGCCCCUGUCCUGCUCACUAUCAGAAUGAAGAUGGCCGUGGUCCCAGACCCCACAAUGGUCGGCAAGCUGGAGAGGGGGCUGGGGAUGGACAAGAAGAAGACCAGCUUCCGGAACUACACUUCUGGCCCGCUGCUGGACCGAGUGUUCACCACCUACAAGCUCAUGCACACACACCAGACCGUGGACUUCGUCAGGGGGAAGCAUGCCCAGUUCGGGACCUUCUCCUCCAAGAAGAUGACAGUCCUGGAGGCUGUAGACCUGCUGGACCAGCUGGUGGACGAGUCGGACCCGGAUGUGGACUUCCCCAACUCCUUCCACGCCUUCCAGACUGCGGAAGGCAUCCGGAGGGCACAUCCCAACAAGGACUGGUUCCACCUGGUGGGGCUGCUGCAUGACCUGGGAAAGGUGCUGGCCCUGGCCGGGGAGCCCCAGUGGGCCGUAGUUGGAGAUACCUUUCCUGUCGGCUGCCGGCCCCAAGCCUCUGUGGUCUUCUGCGACUCAACAUUCCAGGACAAUCCGGAUCUCAAGGACCCUCGAUACAGCUCUGAGCUCGGGAUGUAUCAGCCUCACUGCGGCCUGGGGAACGUCCUCAUGUCCUGGGGCCAUGACGAGUACAUGUACCAGGUGAUGAAGUUCAACAAAUUCUCCCUCCCGCCGGAGCUCAGACAGCUGAGCGCUGUGUGGGUGCAGGCAUUCUACAUGAUCCGGUUCCACUCCUUCUACCCGUGGCACACGGGCGGUGACUACCGGCAGCUGUGUAGCCAAGAAGAUCUGAACAUGCUACCCUGGGUUCAGGAGUUCAACAAGUUUGACCUCUACACCAAAUGCCCGGACCUGCCUGAUGUGGACAGACUGCGGCCCUAUUACCAGGGGCUCAUCGACAAGUACUGCCCCGGAGUCCUCUGCUGGUGACUACCCCUCCCGCCAAGCCGACCUUGUGACGAUGGAGACAAGUCUGGCGCACCCCACCUCCCUGAUGGACCCCACCCACCCGUCUGUGCUCAGCCCUGCUUGCACCAAUAAAGACCUUGAAGUGA